AUAAUGCCGCGUUUGGCCAUCAAUCUAAUGUGGACUAUAUUAUAUAUACACACACACCCUGCAAAGCCUCUCUGUAUUUCAACUUCUGCUUCGCCGGCCAAAUUUCUCUCUGUGAUCUCGCCCAUGGCGGCGUCUUCUGAUAUCUCGCUCGCUUUCUCUUUAUCGGCGGGGUUUUGGCUUCUUCUUCUACUGCUACAGUGUCACGGCGGCGAAGCGUUCGGGAAAUUCGGGUUCAAUUUCCACCAUCGGUACUCGGAUCCGGUCAGCCGCGUCUUGGACCUCCGAGGCCUGCCGGAAAAGGGAAGCGUCGAGUACUACUCCUCCUGGGUGGCGCGUGAUAGACACCGCCUUUUGCACCGCCGCCGCCUCGCGGAUUCCGGCGCCGCCGUGGAUUCCUCUCUCCUCACUUUUGAAGCUGGGAAUGAGACCGCCCGCCUCCCGUCUCUGGGAUACUUACACUAUGCAAAUGUUACUGUCGGCACACCUCCUCUCUCAUUUAUUGUGGCGCUUGACACUGGCAGCGAUCUGUUUUGGCUUCCAUGUGAUUGCAGUGGCAGCUGUGUAAAAGGUCUGCUUCUAGGAUCAGGAAGACAAAUAGAUUUUAAUAUUUAUAGCCCCAAAGCUUCAUCAACAAGCCAGACAGUUCCCUGCAAUGGCACUAUGUGUGAACAAAGAAGACGAUGCUUGGUGGAACGCAAUGCUUGUGCCUAUGAAGUUGCAUAUUUAUCUGGCAAUACCUCGUCUAGAGGGAUAUUGGUAGAUGAUGUUUUGCACCUUGCCACAGAUGAUACUCAACAAAAUAACAUUGAGGCACCAAUUACGCUUGGCUGUGGAAUGAUUCAAACUGGUGCUUUUCUGGAUUCUGCUGCUCCUAAUGGCUUGUUUGGGCUGGGAACGGCUGACACUUCUGUUCCUAGUAUUUUAGCAGCCAAGGGAAUCGCCCCAAAGUCUUUUUCUAUGUGUUUUGGGCAAGAUGGACUUGGGAGAAUAGUAUUUGGAGACAAUGGCACUUCAAACCAAAGCAAAACAACCCUAAAUUUUGAACAAUCACACGCAACGUAUAAUAUCAGCCUUACACAAAUAGCUGUAGAGAAAAAUAUCACAAGUGUUGAUUUUACAGCCAUAUUUGAUUCUGGUACUUCCUUCACGCUCUUAACAGACCCUGCAUACACAAUCAUUACAGAGAAUUUCAAUUCAUUUGUGAAGGAACCACGUUCUAAUAUUGCUUCUUAUUCGGACACUCCUUUUGAAUACUGCUAUGAAUUAAGUCCAAAACAAACAUCUCUUGAUGUUCCUGAUGUGAACCUAACAAUGAAAGGUGGUGACCAGUUUUAUGUUUUUGAUCCGAUAGUAAUAUUUUCCCCCAAGAGUGGUCAGUAUAUUUAUUGUUUGGCAGUUGUCAAAAGUGGAGAUAUCAACAUUAUUGGACAAAAUUUCAUGACCGGUUACCGGGUGGUUUUUGACAGCGAGAAACAAGUUUUGGGCUGGGAACCAUCAGAUUGUUACGACCGUAGUAAACAAUCCAACACCACUACCCUUCCAAUAAAGAAACCAAAAAGGCCAGCAGCUGAAGCACCCCCGCCUGCCGCUAUGAAACCAGAGGCCACUUCCGGCGGCGGAAAUACCCCACCGCCUGCCCCGCCACUCUCGUUUCCAUCAGCUCUGGUACCUCCACCUACCCCAAACAAUGCAUCACUCUUGAGUUGUUUCUUUGCCACACUUGUGCUACUGCCUUUGUCUCUCUUGCUGUUUUUUGACCUAUAGAGAGAAAUUCUAAUAUUACACACCAAUUCUUCCGUAUACUAAUUCUUACAUCGGUCAUAAUUUUUGCCCAGAUUGUUUUCACUCAAAACUGACUGUAGGAUUGAAACUUAGCGCCUCAUGAAUUACCCUAGUAAAAUUUCGGAAGAACCUAGCGGUUGAUUCGUUGGGUCAUACAACUUGAAAUCUGCAUUAUAAAAUGUGGAAAAAUUUAAGUUGUGGGAUUUUUCGCGACGAACCGACCAUUGGAUUGUUCUAGAAUUUUACGAGGGUAGUCUAUGUUGCACUGACUCUCAAUAACACGACCGGUGAAAACAAUCCGAGCGGAAGAUACGACCGGUGUAAAAAUAGGUGUAAGAAAAAAUUGAUGUAAGAUUUGAGGUUCCUAUGCCUCACUAUUACAUUUGGAAUGGAUACAAGAAAUCUAAGAAUGCAUGAAAUCUAUAGGAAUUAGGGGUUGAGCUUUUUACUUCACCAGUUUUUAUAUACCCCCUAGGAAAAUGGUGAUAUUAUUUGUUGUAAAAUAGAGGUGUAUGUAUAUAGUGUAUUUACUCAACUUCAUUAUUUGAUGAAAUAUUGUUGUAUUCCAUAAUAUAUAUUUUUUUGCAUUAUAUACCUAUAGUCAUAAAAACGUGUGCAAGAU